AUGCGGCAAUGCACCUUACUCCGUAGGCUUCUCCUACCCUUCGAGCGCACUCGGAUUCCGGUACAAUGGCCUACUAGUAGUAGGAGGGCUUUUGCGACCACCGGCCGCCUGGGAUCCCUGAAGGCGACGAAGGAGCUCGAGAAGAGGAUUGAUGCGAUCCCAUUGGAGAGGUUUCGAAAUUUUUGUAUCGUAGCGCAUGUUGAUCAUGGGAAGAGUACUCUUAGUGAUCGAUUACUUGAGUUUACCGGGACGAUUGCGCCUGGCGGAAAUAAGCAGAUUCUGGACAAGUUAGAUGUCGAACGAGAGCGCGGGAUUACGGUGAAGGCGCAGACAUGUAGUAUGAUAUACAACUAUAAGGGUGAUGACUACCUUCUACAUCUUGUAGAUACCCCCGGACAUGUCGAUUUUAGAGAAGAAGUAACACGCUCCUAUGCUUCAUGCGGUGGAGCACUACUCCUUGUUGAUGCCUCUCAAGGUGUUCAAGCACAAACCGUCGCAAACUUCUACCUCGCGUUCUCCCAAGGCCUCGAGCUAAUACCCGUCAUCAACAAAAUCGACCUCCCGUCCGCAGACCCUGAGAGAGCGCUGGAGCAAAUGAGGACUAGUUUUGAGCUUGAUCCAACGACGGCUGUGUUGGUAUCGGCAAAGUCGGGCAAGAAUGUAGAAUCCAUAUUGCCGGCAGUGGUGGAGAAAGUGCCUCCACCCGUAGGCUCUCAUGAAGCUCCCCUCCGUAUGCUCCUUGUCGACUCCUGGUAUGAUACCUAUAAGGGUGUCAUUCUACUCAUCCGUGUCUUUGACGGAACCCUACGCCCGGGAGACAGAAUCAUCUCGUUUGCAACUCGCAAAACCUACAUUGUCGGUGAAGUAGGGAUAAUGCACCCCCUAGAAACCGCCACCUCAAGCCUGCGUGCUGGCCAAGUGGGUUAUGUCUACUUCAACCCUGGCAUGAAGAUCUCCAAGGAAGCCAAGAUCGGAGAUACCUUCACACACGUAGGAAUGGAGAACACUGUGAAGCCCUAUCCCGGCUUCGAGGAACCAAAACCUAUGGUGUUCGUUGGAGCAUUCCCGGCAAAUCAAGAUGAGUUCAACCAUCUAGAUGACAGUAUCCAGCAGCUCGUCAUCAACGAUAGGAGUGUCACAUUAAACCGUGAACACUCUGAGGCCUUGGGGCAAGGGUGGAGAUUGGGUUUCUUGGGAACUCUGCAUUGUAGUGUGUUUGAGGAUAGACUGAGACAAGAGCAUGGUGCAAGUAUUAUUAUCACGGCGCCUACGGUGCCGUUUAAGAUUAUAUAUAAGGAUGGAAAGGAGGCGAUUAUUAGAAAUCCGCACGAGUUCCCGAGUGCGGAUAGUGAUUUUAAUAAGAUGGAGGGGCUUUACGAGCCACUCGUUCUGACAACUAUUACGGUGCCGGAGGAGUAUCUGGGAAGUGUUAUUGAGCUUUGUGAGGCAAACCGUGGAACACAAGUCGAACUCACUUUCUGGACUGCCACCCAAGUAAUUCUCAAAUACCGCCUUCCCCUCGCCCAGCUAGUAGACAAUUUCUUCGGUAAGCUCAAGGGUCUUACAAAGGGAUACGCAUCCCUCGACUACGAAGAAGCAGGCUACCAAAAGAGCGACAUCGUCAAGCUCCAGCUCCUCGUAAACAAAGUCCCCGUCGAUGCCAUCUCCCAAGUUCUGCACCGCUCGCAGAUCGCGAGAACUGGUAGAAAAUGGGUCACGAAGUUCAAAGAAUAUGUCGAUAGACAGCUAUUCGAGGUCGUGAUUCAAGCAGCGGUGGGACGCCAGAUUGUAGCAAGAGAGACAGUGAAGGCUGUGCGCAAGGAUGUUACAGCAAAACUGUAUGGUGGUGACAGGACAAGAAGGAUGAAGUUGUUGGAGAACCAGAAAGAGGGUAGGAAGCGGUUGCAAGCCGUGGGACAGGUCUCGAUCGAUCAGAAGGCGUUCCAAGGGUUCUUGCAGAAGAAUUAA